AUAUCCUAAGCAGGUAGCAUCUUUAUGGAUAUGAUGUGCGCGCCAUUUCGGCUCUUCUCCUCCGCCCCCUUCUCCAUGGCUUCCUCUUCCAUGCCUUCUAGAACCUUCCACCGCCACUCGCUUCCCUCCUCCGCGCCUCCUCGUUCUUCGAGAGGGGCCUGCGCCCCGUGCUGCCUCCCCGGCGCCGUCACCCGGCGGCGGGCAGCCGCGCAGCUCCUCUCCGCCGCCGGAUUCUUGAUCGCCGUCUCGCCGCCUUCGCUGGCCGCGCGGAGGGGCCGCGUGGUGGUGCCACCGGAGGACUACGUCACUGCACCUGAUGGCCUGAAAUACUAUGAUCUGGUUGAAGGGAAGGGUCCAACUGCUGAAAAGGGUUCAACUGUGCAGGUCCAUUUUGACUGCAUGUACCGUGGCAUCACCGCUGUGUCAAGCCGUGAGUCCAAGCUCCUUGCAGGGAACCGAAGUAUUGCACAGCCUUAUGAGUUCACUGUUGGAUCACUGCCUGGGAAAGAGCGAAAGCGGGAAUUUGUCGACAAUGCCAAUGGUUUAUACUCAGCGCAGGCAUCACCAAAACCUCCAGCUGCCAUGUACACAGUAACUGAAGGGAUGAAAGUGGGGGGAAAGAGGAGAGUAAUUGUCCCUCCAGAGCUCGGAUAUGGGAAAAAGGGGAUGAGUGAGAUACCGCCUGAUGCUCCUUUUGAACUCGAUAUAGAGCUUUUGGAAGUGGUUCCUCCUGCAGAAAAAUGACCAUUUCUGUUCCAGUGGAUGGGGAACAUUGAUGAGAUACAUAACAAAAGUAUGUUCAUAUAUUUUGCCGGGACAUGAGUUGUUUGCCAACUCAAGGAGAAUAUAGGACAAGAAGAAAAAGUUAAGUAGGUAAAACACAUGUUUUAAUUUUGUUAUUACUUAUGCUGAAGCAAUAUUAGAUCAAAAAUAUUCCCCACAAUGUCAAUGGAGCUUAAUUGAUUCUAUGGAAUGGUAAUUUUAUCUCCCUUUGUGAACUCAGCGUGCUUUUACUCAGAGGUCCUCAGGGCCAUUGAUAUCCUGAAAUAUACAUGCUCUCUUGUUAAAAAUAUCAACUGUGAUUGAUAUAGAUAUUUAUAUUUAGAAAAAUGAUGUUUUUGUGGAUGAAUAGAUUUAUACAACUAUAGUUCCUCGUGUAAGAAUUCUAACUACUGCAAUGACAUCAGUAUUACUGUGAAUUAUCUUCAAAUUAUCCUAAAUGAUGCAAUUAUAUGCGCCCAAAGUUAGACCAUAUUUGUUUUUCAACUGCAAUCUACAUCAGUGAUACUGUGCU